GUAUCCUCUCAAAAAAAAAUGAAAAUGGAGUUGAUUGACAUUUUCAUUAUUGGUUUAGCACUUAUCUUCAUCCGUUUCUGGUGGCGCUACUGGUCAGUCACCGGCGGUGGACCAAAGAACCUCCCACCAGGACCACCUGGUUGGCCACUUGUCGGAAACUUAAUCCAAGUCAUCCUCCAACGUCGACAUUUCAUCUUCAUAAUACGUGAGUUACGUAAAAAAUAUGGUCCGAUUUUCACCAUGCAAAUGGGGCAACGCACGAUGGUGAUCGUCACGGAUUCCAAACUCAUUCAUGAAGCGUUAGUUCAAAGAGGGCCGGACUUCGCUUCCCGGCCGCCGGACUCUCCGAUUCGGCUUAUGUUCAGCGUCGGGAAAUGUGCCAUCAACUCGGCUGAGUACGGACCGCUUUGGCGAACCUUGAGGAAGAACUUCGUCACUGAGCUGAUAACACCCACGAGGGUAAAACAGUGCAGUUGGAUACGAAAAUGGGCGAUUGAAAAUCAUAUGAAAAGAAUCAAAAGAGAAGCGUUUGAGAAUGGGUUUUUGGAAGUGAUGAGUAAUUGCAGACUCACUGUAUGUAGUAUUUUAAUUUGUUUAUGUUUUGGUGCUAAAAUCUCUGAAGAAAGGAUUAAAACAAUUGAAAGUAUACUUAAAGAUGUAAUGAUGAUAACAUCGCCACAGUUGCCGGAUUUCUUGCCGGUACUUACACCGUUGUUUCGCCGGCAAAUGAAAGAAGCUAAAGCUUUAAGGAAGAAACAAUUAGAGUGCUUGGUUCCAUUGAUAAAGAACCGAAGAGCUUUUGUGGAGAAAGGUGAAAACCCUAACCAAGAAAUGGUGAGUCCAAUCGGUGCUGCAUAUGUAGACUCACUCUUUGGACUCGAGCCACCGACCCGAGGUCCGUUAGGUGAUGAAGAGUACGUGACUCUUUGUUCGGAGGCGAUUAGUGCCGGUACCGAUACUAGCGCCACGACCGUUGAAUGGGCUAUGCUUCACUUGGUAAUGAAUCAAGAAAUUCAAGAAAAACUGUACCAAGAAAUCAUUGAUUGCGUAGGUAAAGAUGGAGAAAUCAAAGAAGAAGACGUGGAGAAAAUGCCGUAUCUCGAAGCUAUCGUUAGAGAAACUUUCCGGCGACACCCACCGGGUCAUUUCCUUCUAUCUCAUGCAGCUACAAAAGAUACUGAGCUCGCCGGUUACACGAUUCCGGCAGGUGUUUACGUGGAGAUUUACACUGCAUGGAUUACUGAGGAUCCGGAUAUUUGGUCGGACCCGAGCGAGUUCCGCCCCGAGAGGUUCUUGCACGGCGAUGGGGUCGGCGUGGACGUGACUGGUACUCGGGCGGUGAAGAUGCUGCCGUUCGGAGCGGGGAGACGGAUUUGUCCGGCUUGGAACUUAGGCAUUUUGCACAUAAAUUUGUUGAUCGCAAAGAUGGUUCAAGCUUUCAAGUGGUUGCCGGUACCGGAUGCUCCGCCGGACCCUGCCGAGACUUAUGCAUUCACCGUCGUGAUGAAGAACCCUCUCAAGGCCGUCAUCUUGCCCCGAGUACAAAUCCCUUAAAUGGCGAAAUUGCUUUUAAGUCCUUUCAAAAAUUAAAAAUUAUAAACUAGUCUAAUAGUAAAAUUUCCUUUUGGCCCCUGAAAUUAUAAAUCACUUGAUUUGAUGUAGCGUCAUGAAAAGAUGUAAUUUUUGGUUGAUUUAAA